AUGUCCGCGCCAGCGACGGCAGAUCCUGUAAACCAGAGUGGAGCUACAUCCAAGUCGAAAAAGAAGAAGAACAAGAAGAAGGGCGGCAGUCAAGAGACGAACAAAGCCGAGGAGAGUGCGCAAGUGAACGGCAAGCACGACGGUGCCGAGGCAGACCACGACGAUGAUGCAGACGAGGGAGAUGGGCACAAUAAGCCGGCCGCAGCGCAAGCAAUCGAUCGAGACGCAGACGAUGUUGAGGACGAAGAGCAGCCGCUGUCCCCAACAAUAGCCCAGUCGAACGGCACACACCAACACAGUAUAGCCUCUGCGGUCGCCCUUGGCUUCUCCCGCUCACGCUCGCCGCACAUGUCGCCGUCACCACCAUCAGAUUCAGAGACCACAGCACGACUCGAUGCAAUAGCAAAGGAACGGGAUGCGCUACGACAAGAGGUCACGGAGCUGAGGAAGAGUCUAGAAAGCAUUCAAAAUCAAAACGAGGGCCAAAGUACGGAAGGUGCGCACUCCAAACAUGAAGAGGAGAUCCAGAACUUGAGAGAAGAGCUGGAGGAAGCGAACGAAGGCAAGGAGCACUUUGAGACGCAAUACAACAACCUCUUGGGAAGGGUCAAUACGAUCAAGACCAGUCUGGGCAAUCGCAUGAAGGCCGAUGCGGCCAAGAUGGAGGAGUACGAAGCUCAGAUUGCGGAACUACACGACCAGAACGCUGAACUACAGGAGAAGAACAGUAGUCUCAGCGAAGAAUUGGCUAGAUUACGGCAAGAAAACGAAGCACAGGCGAGCGAGGUCAACAAUCUGCGCAGCAGAUCAAACCUCUCGCAGCAAAACUGGAUCAAGGAGCGCGACGAACUGAUCUCGCGCGAAGCAUACGCACGCGAAGAGUUUGAGAACGCGAAACAGGCCAUGCAGGAUUGGGAGGUGCUCGCCAUGAACGAGCGAUCAUUACGCGAGAGCUUGUCCGAGAAAGAGGGGGAGCUGAAAGAACAGCUCGAGAACCUCAAAGACGAGUUCGAGCGAGCCGCACGAGACAGAGACCAGAACAAUCAGGCUGUCGAAGGUUUACAAAAAGCGCUGCAAGAAGUGCAGAACCUACGGAGAUCUGAGCUUAAGAAGUCUGUCGAGGCAUACGAGUCGCAAAUCAACGAGCUCCGAAAACAGGUCCAGGCCGCUGAAGAAGCAUCCAAAGAAGCCAAGGCUUCGGUGGAGUCCACCCAGAAAGAGCUGCAGAGAGCACUUCCAUUUGAGAAAGAGGUCAAAGAGAAGAAUCUGCUCAUUGGCAAACUACGACACGAAGCAGUGACGCUGAACGAGCAUCUCACCAAAGCGCUACGCAUACUAAAAAAAGGACGGCCGGAAGACAACGUCGAUCGACAGAUCAUCACAAACUACUUCCUGCACUUUUUGGCCAUCGAUCGCUCGGACCCGAAGAAAUUCGAGGCUCUUCAGCUCAUCUCCAUGUUGCUGGGUUGGACAGAUGAGCAAAAAGAGCAAGCCGGCCUCGCUCGCCCAGGCACAUCCUCCGCCUCGUCAGGACUACGAAUACCGAUGUCUCCGUUCCGGCGCACGCCCAGCACGCCUUCGCUUAACUCCAUGUCAGAUCCCAUGUUGAUGGCCAGCAGCUCUAGUAACAAAGAAUCGUUGGCAGAGUUGUGGCAGGACUUCUUGGAGAGAGAGGCUGCCGAGGGCAAGGAUGGAAAAGACGCGAGCAGGAGAGGGAGCACUGUGAGCCCACCACCAAGAAGUGGGGGCGGGCUGGGUGUUGGUGAGAAAUAG